AAUGUAUCGAUGUGUCAUGUCAGCAAUCUUUUCUGCUGUGCGAAAGGUUCCCAAGGAACAAGAAGCAAAGUAGCAGACGAGACGUCCCUUGGAGGAGAAAUACAGUGGUCGUGAUCGUGAAGUAAAUAGAUGGCAGCUGUUCCUGGCUGGCCAAGAAGUGCGAAUCCUUGCCAAUCCUUUUCGCCCCCCGCCUGGCUAGGAGGGUCCCUCGGAAUCGACCCUGUUCCGGAAGUGGUCGCGUGUCGCGUGUAAUAUUUUUCGCCUCGCCAACAGCAGGCAGAAGAGAAGUUUGUGUUGUUCCCGUUCGAUUUUGUUCCCCACCCUCCUGUUGCUCCGAAUCUGCGUGAAGUGACCAGCGUAGAGGAGAAGGGAAAUUUUGUGUAGUUGGACCCUCUCUGACACGGAGAUCCGGGUUCUCCUGUUUCAAGGUCCUUGGUUGUGUUGUGAUUUUGUGGCAUAUAGAAUACGUCAAAUAGAAGUCAAUUGGAAGAACGGUUGCAACAGGUUCCGGAAAUUGUCGCGCAAUUAAAAUGCUAUUGAGUGCGGUUUUCGUUUCGGGUUUUACAUCAUAGUGGAUAGGAGACACAGUUUUCCCCGCUGGAAGAUUCCCGCAAUACCCGUUCCCCAUGAGGAAGAUGGACAAUCGUCUGAACCUGGAUUCCGAGGUUCGGGAACUGAAGCUGGGAUCGACCUUUACCAGCCCCUCGCCGAGGACCGUUUUCCACACGAUAAAGUACGAUUUCAAGCCGGCCAGCGUGGACGUGAACAAGCCUGCCUCGCUGGAAGUGGGCACCAAUAAGCAGGUCACGGUGACGGUGCCGCAUUUAGAUGGAUCUGGAGUACCCAACACGGUGUUCAAAGGAAAUCAACGAGACUACACCAAGAAGGAAUGUGUGCUAAUUAUCGAUCGAGUGACGGGGGAAAUUACGCUGGAAAAGCUUAACAGUAACAUGCAGGUCAAAAAGACUCGGACGGAGAAUAAGGCUGUGCCACCUCCUCAGCCGCCUCCUCAGAUAAAGGUCGAAAACUCCACGGCGCGGCAAAGUUCCAAAACCAAAAUCACUACCGGUUCCCGCAAGAACACUCCCAUCAGCUUUGUGCCAAAACAUUCGCCAUUGCAGAACUCGCCUUCCUACCCGAACAAGAGUCCUCUCUCCGCACCGGCUUGGAAUGCCAACAAUACUCAACAGACCUUGCCAAGCAUCCCGAUCAUUGGGCUGGAUGAUGGCAAUGAUUUCAUGACGGUGCCUUCUUCCUCGCUGCCCUCUGUUGUUCAGCAUCAACAACAACAGCAGCAUCAGCAACAGUCACAAUCGAUGCAUCAUGGCAACAAUGCUCACAACACCAGUGGUGGCAGCAGCAGCAGUAGUAGUUCGCUCAACAACAGCAACAAUCAUCAUACCAGUAACAAUAUCAACAGUAGCAGUAACCAUAAGAACCAUUCGAACAGCAGCGGUGCUGGUGUCCAUGGCCUCGGGAGCAAUAGCAAUAGUCAUCUCAAUCCGUACAACAACCACCACGGUGGUGGUGGUGGUGACAACAAUGUGGAGAUUAACCUACCCUCGAGGGCACAAGCUUCGCCUCCUAGGGAUACGGGAUUCUCCACGGGUUUACUAACUUCUUCGGACUCGGACUCGAGUGGUUCUAGCGACAGUGAUAGUGGUUCCGAUUCGGAAAGCACAACCGAAGACAAUAACGACUCUCCGGUUAAAGAAUCAAUUUUCGACAUAGGUCCAACCCGGUCGGACUCGCUCAACAAUCGUUCGCUUCCUACGCAUCUACUGACGGAAGAUCUGUGCCUGUCGGAGUCCAACUCCGAUUCGGACUAGAGACGCCCAACAGAGACAACCUACGCAUGCCGCGCAUCAAAACUAUAAGGAACGAGAAACGGUACAACCGCUAUGUAUCUGCGGUCAUCCGGAGAGAAAGAGGUAAGCAACUCGGAGCACUCUAUUUUUGUAGGGAAACUAUUUAUAUUGAAAUGGAAAUAUACCAAUUCGCUAAGGAAAGCGCAGGAACCAAUUCUUCAAUCAAUGAAGACAGUCAGAGGGUCGCGGGUGGUUUAUUAACGACUGAAGAAGUAAGGCUAAGAGUGAGAUGAUAGGGAGUCAUUCUGGUUUUAAGCAUGGCCACUAUUUAGUUUUGCUUGUUCCGAUUACGAAACGAUGGCGCUGCCAAAUAUACAGACCGAAAACAACGGAAACGACCGUCAGAGUAGGAUAGUUUUCUCUUCGCAAAUAUUUCUCAUUCUUUUGGGAGAGGUAUCCGUUCAUUUGUAUGUUAUUUUAUUUUGUUUUCUUUAUUGUCUCUUAGUUCGUUCAUAUUUUCACCGCGCUAUUACGACUAGUUUUUUGUGUCCUUAGGUACUAAAUAUUUAAAUGGAAACAUGGUAGUCAAAGGAAUCCUCUUCCUGCUGGAAACCAAGACAAACACACAGCUAUUAAAUAGUAGAAAGAGGAAACCUUGAGUUUGGUUGUAGUCAUGUCGCUAGAAGAAACUUCAAAGAGUUGGAGAAUGCUCUUCCCCACUAAACUAUGCCACGAAUCAAGUGUUUGUGUGGAAAGGAAGGUUUUUUCUACACAAUCAACAGAAAGACGGAAUGCAAUUUUCACGUCGUUUGUUUUUAAAGAGCUUUAGAAAUUCUUCAAACAAGGAAGGGGCUGUUAGCUAAUAUGUACAGCAGGAAACAGUUGUGUAUGCUAUAUUGAUAACUUACCGUAAUUAUUACAGAAAACUACCAUAAACAAGCAAAUAAAAUAUGUUAAUUGAUUUGAACAA